GAAGAACACGAACACGAACAUCAGCCUGUGACGCCGAUCCUCCAACUUAGGUUGUGGCCUAUAAGUACAGCGAAAGAGUCCCUGCAUGAGAGACACGAAGUUCUUCAAAUGUAGAGAGCGAGAGCGACAGAGAGAGAGAGAGAGAUGUCAAGAGGAAAGGCUGGUCUCUGGUUUCUUCUCUGCCACUUGGUUUCUCUCCUGAUUUUGAGAGGCUCUGUGGCUGCGACAAAUGGAAACAAAAAUAAGGAGUUUUACAUUGUUUACUUGGGAGAUAGUCACGAAAAUGAAGAACAUGCAGCUCAGUCACACCUGCAACUCCUUUCAUCUCUCAAGGGAAGCGACGAUGCGGCAAAAGAGUCGUUGGUCUACAGCUACACCAAAAGUUUCAACGCAUUUGCUGCCAAGCUGUCCGAAGAUGAGGCUGAAGAGUUAUCAAACCUAGAAGAGGUGGUCUCUGUCUUCCCCAACCGAUACCACGAGCUCCACACGACCAAAUCGUGGGACUUCGUCGGGUUUCCUCAGACGGCCAGAAGAAAUCCGAAGAUGGAGAACGACAUCGUUGUGGGCCUGUUCGACACAGGAAUCACGCCUCAAUCUGACAGUUUUGCUGAUAAAGGGUUUGGUCCACCACCGUCCAAGUGGAAAGGAAGUUGUGGUCGCUUUGCUAAUUUUUCAGGGUGCAACAACAAACUUAUUGGAGCCCGGUACUUCAAGCUCGACGGCGGGCACGACCCGGAUGACAUCCUAUCUCCCGUCGAUGUGCACGGCCACGGGACUCACACUUCAUCCACCCUGGCUGGCAACGUCGUGCCGGACGCGGACCUCUUCGGCCUCGCCGGCGGGGCCGCGCGGGGGGCGGUGCCGUGGGCCCGAGUGGCCAUGUACAAGGUGUGCUGGGUCAGCUCGGGCUGCUCAGACAUGGACUUGCUCGCGGCGUUCGACGCCGCCAUACACGAGGGCGUCGACGUCAUCUCCAUCUCCAUCGGUGGCACGGUGCCCAGCUACACCAGGGAUUGCAUAGCGGUCGGUGCAUUCCACGCCAUGAGGAAAGGGAUCCUGACCGCAACUUCCGCCGGGAAUGACGGGCCGAACUUGGCCAGUGUCGCGAACCAUGCCCCAUGGCUUGUCACGGUGGCGGCCAGCGGCAUCGACAGGCAGUUUCAGAGCAAAGUCCAGUUGGGAAAUGGGAGGACCCUUUGGGGAGUGGGAGUGAACACGUUCGAUCCGAAGGAGAAACUCUACCCGCUAGUGAGCGGGGCGGACGCGGCGGCAAACUCGAGCGAGGAGAGCGCAAGGUACUGCAUGGACAACUCGUUGGAUCGGGUCAAAGUGAAAGGGAAGCUCGUGUACUGCAAGUUUGCGAUGCUGGGUGUCGACUUUGUCGUCAAAGGAAGCGGAGGGAUCGGCGCUAUCAUUGAGAGCCAGCAGUUCCUGGACACCGCUCAGAUCUUCAUGGCCCCGUCAACCAUGGUGAACGGUACUCUCGGCAAGGCGAUCGAUGAGUACAUUCACUCUACCAGAUCUCCAUCAGCAGUAAUACACAGAACAGAGGAAGUGAAAAUACCGGCUCCGUUCGUCGCGUCAUUUUCUUCUCGGGGUCCAAAUCCGGGGUCUCAGCGGAUUCUCAAGCCUGAUAUUGCAGCACCAGGGAUCGACAUAUUGGCAUCGUACACGCCGAUGAGGUCGCUGACUGGGCUGAAAGGCGACACUCGUUACUCGAAAUUCAAUCUCAUGUCCGGGACAUCCAUGGCGUGCCCUCAUGUCGCCGGUGUAGCCGCUUACGUCAAGUCUUUCCACCCGAUCUGGAGUCCUGCAGCUAUUAAAUCAGCCAUCAUGACCACAGCGAAACCCAUGAGCCGGAGGAUGAACCCCGAUGGCGAGUUCGCUUACGGCGCCGGCCAGCUCAACCCAAUCCGAGCUCUCAACCCGGGCUUAGUGUAUGACAUGGGCGAGAUGUCCUACAUUCAGUUCCUCUGCAGCGAGGGCUAUCCCGGGUCUUCAUUGCAGGUCCUGCUCGGCCCGGGCCGAACCGUAAACUGCUCCUCGUUGGUCCCCGGGCUCGGAUACGAUUCACUCAACUACCCCACUAUGCAGCUCACGCUGAGAAACAGCCGAGAACCAACCAUUGGAGUCUUUGUGAGGACGGUCACGAAUGUCGGUCCUGCUCGGUCCAUGUACAAUGCCACGGUUAGAGCUCCAAGAGGUGUGAAGAUUGUGGUCAAGCCUACGAGCCUGUCCUUCACUCGUGCGAUGCAAAAGAGAAGCUUCAAGGUUGUGGUGGAGGCGGAGCCGGCGUUGGAGAACCGGGUCGUGUCCGGUUCGCUCGCGUGGAAAAGCUCGAGUCACGUCGUGAGGAGCCCGAUAGUGAUUAACGGUAUCCGGUUCGAUCGUGAAGCGGAUUGACUUGGGAAUGGACUGAUAAAACUGAAAAUUGAAGG